AUGGGGAAGUGGUCUAAAUGUUUACACAAGGUAGCGAUAUUAUUUCGUAAACUGCGAAAGUACGUGAAAACAUCAAAUAAAUCAAGAAAGUGCAAGGGUGACUUUCUCAAAGAUGAUGAGAUUUCAAAAGACAAACGCAAAACAAAGGAAUCACAACAUGUUGUUGCUGAGAAAUGUGACCGAGAAGGGAUUUCAACGGAAGAGCAUGGAGUUGGUAAAGAACAGGUCAUACUGGCACUGGACUUUGAUCUUGGACAGACAACGAUGGGUGAUAUUAUCAGCAACCUCCGUCAAUUCGGCAGUAUAGUAUCUGAAUACUGGGGGAAAACUACAAGUGACAUGUCGAUUGGUUUAUUCAAAAUAGAUAAAUGCGAUGCUGACAUGGUGUCUUCAGUUAUCUCAAAGAAUGCUGAAAAAUUUGAUCAGCUUGGUGUUAAGAAAAUCCUCCUGAUUGACAGCACUCAUAAAUCUUAUAUCAGAGAAGACGGUGACUCAGUGUCUCCAUAUGAUGAUGAUAAAGGGACGAUACACAAGUUGAAGGAACAAACCAAUGACCGUAAAUAUCAACUGCCUAAGACUGAAGUCCAAAUUACUGAACUACGUAACAAGCUCCAGGUGACUGACGAAAAAACGACAGAUACCGAUAAAGGAGUUGCAGUCGAGAGUCCCAUUGACAGUGAUAAAUAUGGCAGGAAUAAAGGUGGACAUGACAUUGGACAAUUACAGAAAGAGAGAAAAAUGCCCUUAACAGAUGAGUCCAAUGGAUUAAAUGUAUCAGGACCACUACAAGAACUUAUGACAGGGAAUGAUAGAGGUAGUAAAAUCAUAGCAGGAGUACUAGCGGGUGAUACGGCUGCGGCAGGACAAGAUAAACCUUAG